CAGCCACUGAGAGAAGGUCACACACACUGGGUCUCUUGAUACGAACACGAGAAGACCCCCUCGUUACCACUUUCUGGAGAAAACCCAUUUUCGUCAUCGGGACUUUAAUUACAGGAUUCGCGUCAUUACGAGCCGCGCGCACAUUCCUCAGCAGUAUUUACGCAUCUCCAGCCGCAGAUCGCUUUCUGCUCUCCAUGAGCGCCGUUUUCAUUUUGCUGCCCAGGAGAAAAGCUUUCACAGUCAUGCUCUAGCAGCGACUGCAAAGCCUGUCAUCUGAAAUUCUUGCAUUAAAAAAUGGAACAGCUCUCCAAACCAGAAUGCAAAAACAUGGAUGUGUGUCUAAGGCGACUGAAGCAAGAAUUGCUAUCUAUGAAAGAAGCAGGAGAUGGCCUCCAUGCUCAGAUGAAUUCAAUGAUGGGAGCCCUCCAGGAACUCAAGCUUCUUCAGGUCCAGACAGCACUAGAAAACCUUGACAUUUCAGGUCGACCUAUUAACAGAGGGAUCCCACAUUCUGUGCCAUUGGUUCCACCCAAUACAUCUGCUGCAUCUGCAUCAGCAUCAGAAAAAGCAUGUAGGUCCUGCAGCUUCAGCCAAACUAUGGCUGAGGAGCCCAGUCCAAUUCUAAUGUCAAGUCCAGGGCUGUCUUUGGAUAACAGAAACACCUCCAGCCAAGAUGACCUUAGUCAGUCCCAAAACAGAAGCAGCUUGGGAACCUCAUCUUCCUCUGCAUCCAGUCUAGAGAGCGAAAGAAGCACAAGAACUGCAAGAAGUGAGAAUGACCUUGAGUCUAUACCCAGGAGGUGGUCAGGAUACACCGCCCCACAGGUAGACUUUUAUGGACCAAUGGUGGGAAACCCUCCACCGGACCCAUACCCUCACCCACAGGCUCCCCAUAAUGCUCAGGUGGUAGACCUGCCUGGCAUUCUGUACAGCCUCUCCAGAGAGGGUCCUUCACUGGACAGCGACUACUCCCAGGACAGCGCGGAUGACGCCAACGACUGGACUUCUUCGCUCAUGAGUCGCAGCCGCAACCGUCAGCCCUUAGUGCUGGGCGACAAUGUCUUUGCCGACCUUGUGGGCAACUGGCUGGACCUGCCUGAGGUGGAGAGGGAGGAUGUAGAGGAAGAGGAGAUGAGGAUAAGUAGAGUGGACAGGACAGCAGAUGGAGGGGCGGACAGACCAGACACCUCAGCUCACCCUCUUCGUCUCAGCCGCUCACAGGAGAUCUGCAGGAAGUUCUCGCUCACCACAAACAUCUUCAAGAAGUUCCUGCGCAGUGUCAGGCCCGACAGGGACAAACUGCUCAAGGAGAGACCGGGCUGGAUGGCUCCUGAGCUGCCAGAGGGCGACCUCUUCAAAAGGCCAAAGAAACUAAAUGCUAAAAGUUCAAAAGGCAGUUUCUACCUGCCGUUCUGGGCAAACGGACAGCAGGGCAAAGGUAGGCCAUGUCCACAUCUAGCUGAAGCAGGGACAACCCACCAACACUUCCCCCAGUUCUGCCAGCAACCAUUUGCAGGGAUUUAUUUAGACAGGAGACAACCAGUGACUGGCCUGGAGAAAAUGCAGUCCUUGUUUGACCACAACACAGCUGUGUGGGUCUGACAGGGAGUCUCGGGCCAACGGAACACCAGUGAUGCCAACAGGGUGACAGGUGCUGGGGGAUUCUGGCUGUGCAUGCUGGAAGGGAACAAACGACAGAGGCUUGGAUGCAGUUAUUGUCCAAAAAUGAACUUCACACCCACAGUUUGUUUCUACUGCGACUGAGAGAUUAUCAGAGCAACAUUUUGUCUGACAAUCCUAAAACCUAAACCUUGUUUUGCUGUGAUUGUGUGCUGGAGAGUGUCUGAGACAGAGUCAUAGAGAGAGGGUUUUUUGAGGAUUUACGCUGAAAGUUUUGUAUUAUUCAAAUUUCUUAAGUGUGUAUGCAUGUAUGACUGGGUUCUCUGGUUGUCUUAAAAACGGUACAUUGAAAUGGACAUCGUUCUCACAAUGUCACCAUUAUUGUUUUUUUAUAAAAUCAUCCACAGACUUUUCACUUCUAUGCUACAGUUCAUACUCUCAUGUAUCUCAGUUCUUGGCAUCAAUUAAUACACACACCAACUGUUGGAUUGCAUGCUUACUCUUUGUAUAAGUGAGGCUACAAACAGCUGUUACUGAACGCACUGCCACUAAACAUAGUCAUAGGCUCCUUUUUUGUUUCCAGCAAGCCUUGAAGCUUUGGAAACUCAGGUUUAACGGCACAGGAUCUCAUUCAACUUGCUCAGGGAGUGAAUGCAACACAGAAAAAACAAUGACACACUGCCACAUUUCAAAUAGAGUUAAGAGAAAUCUUGCCUCAUUAGACUAAACAGCAAUAAGGUGCAUGACUAGCCUGCACAUUUGAAUUUGAGAUUUGUCCCUCAUAAGCUUGCUAGAAUAGUACAAAAGAUAAUUUUCCUUUCUGCUGUGUAAACAUGGCACAUGCUGAGGUAAGUGUCAGUCUUCCUGGGUUGGGGGGAAAAGAUGGCACAGCCAGCCACGAGUACUGACUGACUGACUGCCAUCUGGUUGUGUAAAAGUCAUUUGCCACAGGCUUGAAAAAGAAGCUAAAUGGCUUGGUUUGAUCCUGGAGCUGUGUGGAUGAACCGAAUUAUGAAGAUGGUGUUACAUACUGUAUAUACUCAGGUGAAUACAUUACAUAACUGAAGUGAUCUCUACUAGACAGGACUGAGUUAACUGUAUACAACAUUGUACAUAUUUGCCAUCAACAAAACUUCAGCAAUAACAAAUGUUUUCUGUAAUAUCCCAUUGCAUGAUUUUAAAACACAAAGUGAUGUGUUAGUCUUUAACCUAGAGUAUCUAUUCAGUGUGUUUCAUUUUAAACUGCAUAACAGUUACAAACUAUGGCUUCAUUCACAAAUACACAUACAGUAAUUAUCAGGAUUGUCUCAGGAAUGUAUAUGACACUGCCCGUCAUCUGAUUUUUAUAAGACCGCUGUUAUGCAAGGACAAUCUGGUACUCUUAACUUAUUAUUACAAAAUGUUUUUUUUUAAACAGUUAAUUUCACUCUGUUUUAAAUGUGAUACUGGACCAGUAAACGUAGCUAGCAGGGAUUAGGCCUUGGGUCUUUGAGUGUCUUGGCCAUUUGAUCCAUAUGGUGUUGUCUCAGUAUUCAGAUCAAUAUAUACACUGCACAUUCAGAGGGCCCAACACACACACACACACACACACACACACACACACACAAAAAGGUUUCUGCUGGGACAGCUGAGCCAUAAGGCACAAUCUGAGAUGUCAUAUCACACAGUAUGUGUAUGUAAAUGUAACCUUUAUUUCUUCCUAUUUGUCUAAGUGUAAUUUUCAGUACUGUUAAUAUUUUUCAUCAGGGUUCUACAAACCUUCAGUAGUGAUUCUGUGUCAUGUGCACCAUAGAACUCUCACCAACUCUUUGUAAAUUAAAUCUGCUUUCACUAAGAAAUGUCA